UCACCCGUUCACGGCGCUUACACAUUUCUCAAUUUUGUGUUUUUUAACUAUUUAAUUGCUAAAAAUGAGCGACCGUCAUCGUUCUCGAAGCAGGUCACCCAGAAGAGUUUCUGAAAGAACCAAUGAUGGAAUACAAGAAAGACUGAAAAAAUUGAGUGGUAUGGAAAAUGGUUCAACUAAUGAUAAGGAGCCAAGAAAAAAAGAAGUUGUUGAAGAUGUUUUAAAAAUUGAUAGAGAAAAGACAUGCCCACUUCUGUUAAGAGUUUUUUGCAAUAUUGGUGGACAUCACAAGAUAGAAGACUUUGCUAGCGGAAAAACUCCAUCAAAUGAGUUACAAAUUUAUACUUGGAAAGACGCCACACUAAAGGAGCUUAUGAAUCUUGUUAAAGAGGUCAACCCGGAAGCUCGGCGUGACGGAACAUAUUUUGAUUUUGCUAUUGUCUAUCCGAACUUUUCGCGUGGGGGAUACAACUUAAAAGAUAUUGGUACUACUUGCUCAGGCCAAAGUUGCCCAGAUGAUAAUGCCACUCUGCACUCAAAAAAGUUUCGAAUUGGGGAUUUCUUAGACAUCGCAAUUUUAUUACGGCCGAGAAGAGAACGACGGGAUAGUAUGUAACUUAUCGUUAGCAGCAUGCUUCUGCUGAAGCGUAAACACUUGUGAAAUAUCACAAAAAAUCUUUUUGAACUAGUUUUUAAUAUGUUCAAAAGAAACAGUUAAGAUGUUUUACAGCCAAGAAACUGGGACCAAAUUAUUUUAAUUUAGUCGUUUAAUUAAAACAAGAAAUAAUAUUGCAUUGAGUUA